CCGAAGUCGGAUCAGCCGACCGCGGAGCAGCUGGGUGUUGAUGACUCCCCAAGGGACUCGAGGACGCUGUUGACAUUUGCAGUGGACCUUCAAGAGCCGGCUAGCUCUCCUGAAAGCAAUUUUCUUCCAGAUCCUACAUUGAGCGAGGUCCGUCCAGAUGAGGCUGAUUCCCUGGCCGAGUAUCAGUGGGACACGAAGCCGAUGUCCUCGGAUGAGGACAUCGCGGACGAAUACGAGGCCAGCUAUGCGGAGACAGAGGAGGAAGUCAAGAGCUCCGUUUCUGCCCCAAAGUCCGGCGUUGCCGUGAGUGAAGAUCUGGCGCACAGCCAUGCCUCCUCGGAUCACGCAGAUCAACGGGGUCCUCUCCGCGCAAGCAGCUCUGAAGGCUCCAACAAGCUCACGGUGUCCGAAGACAGCAAGGUCAUCGAGUCCUCACAGUCCAGGUUUCUCCAGCCCUUGGAAGAAGCAUCUGUUCUGGAAUCAGGGUAUUCUGGGCAGUGGUCGGAGCUGGAUGCAGGACCAAGGCAUGUGUCGAAAGAUCUCAGCGAAGAUGCCUACUCUGGAGACUGGUCCGAAGAAGGCGCAUGA